GAAGAAAUCGAGGUGCUAGAAGGCCCAGAGGUUGAAAUCGUAGGCUCUAGCGAGUCUGGCGAAGAAGAAGGGGAGUUUGAUAUGGAUUCUAAUAAAAGUGAUUCUGACACUAUUGGGCUUGAAGUGACUCGCAAUUCAAAGCAAGAAGCGCCUAAAGUAAUGUGUCACCCGGGAACAGAACCUGAUAAUAAAUAUUAUGAAGUUGAAGCAAUCAUAGCCGGCCCAAAAAAACGCAGGGAGCAUCUCGUAAGCUUUGUGUUGUUUUUGUCGACUGUUUCACCGUCCGUAUAAGGCCGUAUUAGUGUUAACUUCAAAUUUUCGUUUGACUUAAGUUGUCAUUUUUGCGUUAGAAGUCAUAAUAAGAUUGAAUAAUAUAGACUAAUCAUUAGAAAGAUUAAUUAAUUUUCAUCGAAUAAGUAUGAUGAUCGAAAGCAAAUGCAAUAAUUAACCAAGACCAAAGCUCUGUUCACACUACACUCACACUAGUGGAAAUGUUAUUUUACCACACUAGUGACUAGGUCCAAUGUGAUACGAUAGUGAAUGCACAAUACGACAUGCAUUAUUUACUAACUUAUUAACUUGGACUUGGAAAUGAUUAUGAUUAUGGCUUUGGAAAUGAUUAUGGCUAGGCUAGACCUACCUUUAUCAAUUAAUUUUAAAGGCAUUUUGGCAUGAUUUGCUAUUGACAAGUGAACUGUAAUUGCAAAUUUGCAAGGCCUUUACUAUCCCUGUACUGGUUAUCUAUUCUAAAUCUAUAUAUUUUAUACUAUUACUACUAUUAGAAAGCUGUAGUAUAGAUUCUAGUUCUAAAAAAUGCUUCAAGUCUAUAGUUCUAUAAAUGGGCAAGUAUUUAGUAUAUGCUGCUGCUAUAUAUUGGUAGUAAAAUUACUACCAAUAGCUUCUAGUGAGCUAUUUGUAGUAAAGUAACUUCCUUUUAAAAAAACUACCAAUCGGUAAUAGAUUUAUGUAGUGCAGUAUUUACUAAGUCUAAGUAUUGGUAGUAACUAUUUUAAAAAAAAUUUAUCACUGAUAUCACUCUUAAGUAUGUAUCGUGCCAAAAAAACGUGUGCUGACAAAAUUUAUUGUUUGCGUCUAGUCUCAUAAAUUCACUUGAAUUUGAUUUGAAAGUUUCUAUUGGUAGUUUACUACCUAUAGCUAGCUUCUAGUUAGGGCAGGGAGCUAUUUGUAGUUAACUACCAAUAGCUUCUUGGGAGCUUUUGAUAGUCCAGCCAAUCAAAUAAAACAAAAAUCUGAGCUUUAAAUACCCGCUUCCAAUGAGGCUGGCGAAGUAUUGCCCUGUUCAUAUAUUACUAGUUUGUACUAGUCACAACACCUCUGCAUUAAUUAUAAAAUCUACAGUACUGUUUAAAGGUUUUAACACUAUCUGCUGUAGCCUUCCCCAUGCUUAGAUUCGGCUAUAUUGCUAUAUAAUUUAUAAUAUAGACCUAAUAUAGAUCUUAGAUAGAUGUAUGAUACUGGGGGGAAGAGGAUCAUAUCUGAAAUUUUUUUACCCAGCUUCUCCUUUGCCAAGGCCAAAAUGAGCAUUAACUUAUAAAGGCAUCUAUAUUUGUAUGUACAAUCAAACAAUUUCAUUGGGUACAUUGUGCAACUAAAACACAAAUUAAUUAAUUUAAUGUCUAGGACUCACUAUUUACUAUUUAUUUUUUAAUGCUAUGCAGAAUCAAUGUUUUGAACUGCACAUAAUUUUGAUGAAAACAUAAGCAGUGAUAUAUAAAUAAAAUAAACUAUAUUCAAAAAAAGAAAAACAAAUGUAUUAUAAAUUAUGUCUUGAAAAUCCGAUUGUAGUAAAUUUAUGAGACUAGAUGAAAACAAUUAAAAAAAUGUGGCACAUGUUUUUUUUUUUGGGAAACGUAAUACAUACUUUAGAGCAAUUUCAGUGUUGUAAUCAAACAUAAAUUGUGACUACCAAUAAUUAUUACACUACAUCAAUCUAUCACCAAUUGGUAGUUUUUUUUUAUAGUAAACUACCAAUAGCCGCUUAGAAGCUACUGGUAAUGGAGUACCAAUAGCUCUCUAGAAGCUAUUGGUAUUUUACUACAAAUAGCUCCUUAGAAGCUAUUGGUAGUAUUAAUUUUUUUUUCAUAUGCACACUUUGUAUGCAGUAAAACUACUAUUAUGGUAAUUAUAGACAUAUUUAUACCUAUUUUUUAAUUUAUAAUUUAAUCAUAAUGAUUUACACACAAAACUUUUACAGGUGGAUUUUAUUUUUACUGCACAUAUUACUUUGGCCAUGGCAAAAAAGAAGUUGGAUAACAUUUUUCCAGACUAUGAUCCCCUUGCCCCCAGUAUCACGCAUCUAUCUAUAUUUGGUCUACUUAUAAAUAAUAAUUAUAUAGCCUAAUCUAACCAUGAGUAAGGCUUCAGCAGACAGUGUUAAAACAGUACGAACUAGUAAUAAAUGAACGGGGCAAUACUUCACCAGCGUCAUUGAAAGCGGGUUUUUAAAGCUCCGAGUUUGGUUUUAUUUGAUUGGCUAGACUACCAAUACCUCUGUAGAAGCUAUUGAUAGUGCUUUACUACCAAUAGCUUCCUAGAAGUAUUGGUAGUAAACUACCUAUAGACACUUUCCAAGUAUAACCCUUUUUCCUUUACGAAAGAGCAGCUCAACCAUCAAAAUAUGUCUUUACUGACUAACUCAAAUUUUAUGAAAUGUGACAUAUAAAAAAAAAAUGACUUGGCCAUACAAAUGAUUUCUAGGUAAGCUCCCUUAUGAUAAUAAAGCCUCUAAAUAAGUUUAAAAUUAUUGUUUUAUUUUUUUAAUGGAAAAUUGUAUAGAAUAAGUAUAAAGUAAUAAAGCCUUAAGUAGAGCCUAAUGCAAUGGCAAUAGUACUUAUUAUUUAUUGAUGCACAUUUCAAAUAAUGGUAAUGAACAGCUAUGUUUGCUUCUGUGGCUUUGGUAAACCAAAUACAUGAGAAAUUGGGAAAACUGUGUUUAGGGAUUGCUUUUGUAAACUGAAAACAUAAGGCUAUGUACCGGAAGCAGCAUUUAUUGUGGACUGCAAACUUGACCAAGUUUUGAAAUGGCAGAGAGAAGCAAAUUCUGUUAUACUUAAUUUUCUUUUUCAUGGUGUAACAUAGUUUGUUUAGUAGUUCAGCACUGUAAAAUUUUGCAAGUUGAAAUUAAGGAUGUUUAAAUAUAUAUAACCAUGGUUAUCGGUUUGAAAUGAUGAUUUUUAGACUUUUUAAAGUAAUUUUGUAAAUUAAAGACUUGAAAAGUAAUAAACAUACAGUUUAAUAUAUUACACAGAUACUCGCUUCACAUGUCUAACCUUACCAAAUGUUUCCAAAAUUAGAUGACUGCCCCACGUUCAUGGAAUUAACUAUAUGUGGCCACAGGCGGGCCACAAUAUGUUUAUUCCAUGAACAUGGAAAGCAAAUGAACAAGAUUUGAAUGGCUGGUUGCUGUUGUUAGCAGUGAAUAAAGAUCACUACCAUUUUCAAUUUCGGGAUGGUUAAAAGAUUUUUUUGAAAAUUUUUAAUGGAUAAGUUAAUUUAUUGAGAUUUAUCUGGAUGAGAAGUAGGAAAUGGUAUUUAAAAAAACAAUAUGUUUUAAAAAAAAAAAUAUGUUUUUUUCCCAAAAGCUCUGAAACUUUAUUGGUUAUAUUUACUGGUUAUUGAUACUGGAAGUCAGCCUACUUUAUAGGUCUAAAUAGUUAUUGGACAGCAACUUUAAGCUUCAAAUAAGAUUGCAUCAAACUAUUCAUCAGAAUACAAAUAGUUCACUGCUUGCACUGUUAAUCAACAUUGAGCAAGAAUUAAGAAGACAGCUUUGUCUUUUAAAAAUCAAUAUUGUCGAGGUAAUAGUUGCUGCUCUCAUGGAUGCUGUCUUUAUUACUUUCAGUUUAAACUUUGCUAUAAAGUGAGAUGGAAAGGCUAUGGACCAGAAGCGGACACCUGGCAACCUUUGGCGGAUUUGGCAAAUGUUCAGGACAUGAUUGAGGAUUUUAAGAAAGAAAAAGCUGAUGAGGCACGUGAAAAAAGAAAGCAGGUAAAAUUAGUGCUGUCACACAGAAAUAUAUACACAUUUGUAUAUAUCAAGCUGUGUUUGGAUGCUUCCCAAGUAGGUGCUGUGCUGGUAUCAAUCAAAAAUGCAUUUUUUAUAUUGUAACUUGCAUUUUUUUUAAAAAUGCCUCUCUGCAGUUUCUAAAUAGUUGAGAAUAGAAAUGCACAAAGCUUUAUUUGUGUGAACGUGCUGUAGCUUGAUUUAAUAUCAUGAAAUAUAUGCUAUUGUACACAAUUGUUUUUCUUAAUUACUUUUCUGUUUCACUACGCAAUGUGUGAUGACUAGCUUUAAGUAAUAGUUUUAUAUUUGAGUGGGAAUGAUCAUUUCAUUCAAUUUUUGAAUGCACAUUUAGAAUUAGCACUAAUACAUGUUCUCAUAUUGCUAUUGCAAGAUUUGUUUUUGCUUUUGCACCUAGUACAAGGUGUCAUAAGAAUAUGCAUGAAUUAACCUGACAUGGUCAUUAACGAUGAUAAAGCUAUAUAGGAAUAACUGUAAUAAGACUAAACAUGAAUGUACUUAGCAUGGUAAUUAGUGGUAAUAAGAUAAAACAUGAAUUUACUUAACAUUGUCAUAUACUGUAUGAGACAAAUUUAUGGACAAAUGAAGAUGAUGACUAAAUAUGAUAAAUAGCUUGCUUGAUUUUUUUCAACAUGAUGUAUCAUUCAUUUCUUUCACAUUUAACCAGAAACCACCUAAAGACACAGCUUCCAAACCAAGUAGCAGACUGGUUAGUAGCAAAGCUGAAACACCUGCUUCAGCAACCUCAUCAGACAUGGAUGACGAUGGUCAACAGUAUGAUCCAGAAUAUGGUACAGUCAAGGAUAAAUUCUGGAAAGAUCUAGAAUUAGGUCGCGUUGACCACUACUCUGACUUAUUUUCUGGGGACAUGUAUUCCAAAAUUAAAGGGUGUCAGCGGACAGCUCAUGCGGAAGCCGUAGCUAACAUACAUAAACAUCAGCAAUUACACUGCAAAAUUGCAGUUACGUCACCAUCCCCAUUCCCUAAGCUAGUAACAUCUAAAGCUUUAACUUCCCCAAGACGUCGAAGGUAUGCCUCGCCAUCUUCACCAGCCUCUGUAAAAUCAGCACCAUCUUCUGUUAAUGCUAAGCCACAGAGUCUUUCUCUUAGCGGCCGUGGUCGAAAGCGAUCAUGUGACCCGUUUAGUGCAAAGGGCUACAAGUCAAAACGCACUCGUAGGUCUAAAGAGUCCAAAACAAGGCAUGCUUCAACCGAAGGUAAACGGUCAAGUGUAAGUUCUGUGACAUCAGAAACAAUGGGAAUAGUGACUACAACAAACUCUGUGCUGACACCACCUGUGCUGGCCAGUGAUAAGACAGUGAUGCAUUUUUCUACCGCUGGAAUGAACACAAGUUCCUACUCUCCUAAAAUUGUAUUGCCGAAAAAUUGUAAGUACACUGGAAAUAUAUAUAUAUUUUUUUAUUUAUUUAAACUUAUGGCUCAUUUGAGUAUAAUGGGCACCUCUUCAGAAAAGUAUAUAGUCUAAUUAUGAUUAAAUAUUUUUAUCAAAAGUUAUAACUAGACUUUUCAGGAAUUUUAUUUCAGACUUACGUCAGAUUUACGAGUUACAUUAUUAUAAACAUUUGAAUACUUGAAUAAAGGUAGAUGCAAAUUAAUUUUUUGGUUAUUGGGGUCCUUGUGUUGUUAAAGUUAUGAAUGCUGAUUUAGCCACCAAUAAACCCACCUGCUUCUUAAGGUCUUAAUUAAUGUUAAAGGCUGUAGGUAUCUAAAGGUCUGUCUAUUGUAUGGUAUUCGGUUGUAUAAUUCUCAAAACAAAAAAAACAAAGAUUCAUUGCCAAAGUUGUGUUCUAAUCCAACUCACAUAGCCACACACACACACCCCUUCCCAAUCCAAUAUUCCUUCUUUUACAAUAAAAAGCUUUUUGAAUGCAGCAUUAGAAUUUAGAGGUUCUAGGCACAUUAAUUUUUGCAGUUAAAUAUUUAAACAAAGUUCUUCUUUUAAAUUUGAUACAAAGCUUCCCUAUUUGCAGAUUUAGUUUUGCACUGUGUAAUGUUUUUUAGAAAUGGUGUUUUUAUUGCCAAGCAGCACUUCAAAUUAAAAACAAAAAUACGCCUGCGCAGUACAUUUGGACUAACAUUCUGGUCUUUGCUGUGUCGUUUUCCAUAUCAUGUGUUUGCAGUCUGUACAACAACAAAUUUAAUACAUUGCACAAAUAAAGAAGGCAGUUAAAUAUAAACAAUAAACUUGUUUUGAAAACUGUUAUGUUUUCUAUGUUUUUAUUUCCAACAAUAAACAUUAACAUAAAUACAUAUAAAUACAAGUUCUCAAUAAUGUUGACUUUCUGCUUGUGUCCAGAACACACUGUUCAAUAGUACGCUCUCUCUGACUACAGUCUCUCUGCGCAUGCGCGCUGUUUGCCCUAGUUGGCUAUCAGGAUGGUCCAGUCGGCUAAUCCACUAUAACAAAAACUAAAAUUAUAUUUUAAAUGUUUAAAAUUAAUCAGAUUAUAUCAAGAAUGAGAAAAAUUCCAUGCCCUCAGUCAGACAUAGGAAAAUACUACUUAAUGGUUGUGGCCUAAUUGUAACAUGUUUAAUGUGAUAUUCUUAUUAUUCACCGUUUAUGAAUUCACCAUAAUGAUAUCAAGAUUUGAACGCUUUUUACAAAAGAAGCUGAAAUAUCCAACAAUAAGUGCUUUAAUGAUGGUAAAUGCUUUUUCUAAAAUCAAAACAAAGACCUCAAACAAUAAAAUAUUUUCUAAGAUGACACAACCCGACCAGAUUGUGCUUCAGAUGAUGAUGAUGAGAUGAGUGAUGUUUUCUCAAACUCUGAAGAAGGCAGUGGAAGAAUGACUGUAUCAUCAGAAACUAUGUUGACUGUCACAACAGAGACGAAACUGUUGAACAUUGAUCAACAACUUCUUUCUGAUGAAGUCUUUAAUUUGAAGACAGGUAAGGCUUAUGUUGUUGAGGUGUCCUCAUUGUCGGGGUAAUGUUGGUUGCUUCUUUUGCUUUGUAUGUACAAGUUGUUGUGAUAAUUAUGUCCUCUUAAGGAUAACUUUGAGAGGUAGAAUGCUUUUCCCUCUUCAUUUACAACCAAUUAACAUUUUUUAUGUGUACAGGACUAUGACUAAAGGUUACGUUCCAUUCUGACGUAAAUUAUACAAAAAUAAUAAUAAUAAUAAAGUUCAUUUCAAAAACACCCUUCAUCCCCAAAGGCUCGAAGCGCGGUACAAAGUAAUUUAAUUUACCACAUUUAAAACAAACGUAACACUACAAAAACUAAUUACAAGCUUACCAAGUCAAAAUCUUUCUACCCAUUUCAACCCUAAGCAACACAGCCAAUAUGCAUUAAAUGGAAGAUAUGGUAGACAAUCAUCCCAGAAGGUGUUUGCGAAAUAGAUUUGUCUUUAAAUCGGUUUUAAAGGAAAAUAGUUUCAAUUUGCAUCCAUUUACAUGGUUUACAUGACUAUAAUAAAAAAAAUAACAUUUAUAAAUAUAUAUUUAGCAUAGUAGUAAAAUAAUACAUUUUGGAGUUGUAACUGACAUAACAUGAAAAAGAACAAUAUUUGAGUUAGCAUCUUUUUUGUUGGUUUCCUCAAAAUCUGCUUUAAUUGAAAUAUAUGUUUUGAAAUAAUUAUCUACAGUGUUUAUUUUCUAAGUAAAACAAUUAAAAAAACAACUACUUAGAAAGCACAUUUUAAAAAAAUACAAAGUAAUGUAAUUGACAUGGUAUGAUUUUGUAACAGACAUAUGGAGUCUGAAGGCAAGCAAUUAAAAAAAAAUUGAACAAUAAUGUCAAUUCUUUUACAGAAUUACAAAUACUUAACUGUAUCAGUUAUAAUGUACUAAAAUAAAGAUUUGCCCAUCAUGUGACAUUGACCAUGAAAAUUGUCUGUUGAUAUUUAUUAAAUGUAAACAAAAUAAAAUUCAACAAAAUGUCUAUUAAAAUAAACUGACAUCAUGUACUUAAUUCAAGAUGGCCACCUGGUCAUGUGUCACAGAAAACAAACAUACUAAAAAUGACCCCAUACCAAGAUACAUGAAAUAAAUGUAUAUAGCACCAAAUUGUAUGCAAUGUUUUGGGAUGUUUUGUAUACUUUUACAUGGAAAUUACCAAAAUCAAAGUAAUUUUUUUGUUCUCUGCCUUGGGGGUUUAAUUACAUUGAAAUACAUUAUUAAAUAAGUGAAUUUCAUCUCACAAAUUUUUCAACUCACCUGCAUAUAUGUGCUAUCAUUACCAUAACGAUGGUCAUAUUGUUGCUUUGUGUUUUCUUUAUGAACUCGCUAGACACGGUAACAGUAAUAUCAGCAUAGUUGCCCUAUUGACAAUUUUAGUCAAUCAUUGCUUUUAUUUGCUUCAGUGCUGUAUUGUAUAAUUUUGUGAUAUAAUUAUUAUUUCCUUUAGCUAAACCAGUAUAAAAACGGAGAAAACAAGUUGUUUAAAAAUGAGAAUGCAUUCUCAACUGUUCCACAUAGCAACAUUAGAUUUGGACAUACUUAAUAGGAUCUGAGAAGGCCUUAGAAAUCUAUUUUUAAAACGCACAAAACAGCUGUAAGAUUUUUAAAGCCCCUGUUUGGUCCUUACCCCCAUUUCUGUCUGUGUUAGUUAUCACACUAUAAAUUAUAAUAAUAUGUUAACAGGAAAUAGCUUUAAUUGAUGUUGAUUCUUCUAAGUUAUGUGGUAGGUUUUGUAAAUGAUGUCAUCAUUUGUUGAUUCUUAUUUCAAUAAAUUUGAUUUUUAUUUGGAACUGGCUUUUAGUUUGAACCAAGUUAAAUAACACCAGUAACUUUAUUUUUACCAGUGACAGACUGAUAAUAUGAUCGGCCCAUCCACCCAAAUAUUAAUUGAUAUCUAUUGCAGAUACACGUCUGCAAAACAAAGUGACUCAGAUUGCAAUAUAAACAUCAGUCAUCUACUUUUGGAAGUUACCUUUUUUUUUUACGUCAGCUUAGCUCAAUCCCACUAGAUAUGCAGUGCGAGUAGUUAUUAAGAUUUUGAGAUGAUACUGUACAAUUUUAGGAGUACCCAUACAGCAGCAUUAUAUUUUGACAAAUUUUAAAAGUGCUAGUAAGCAGUAUUUGAAAUCUAUAUUUAGAAGUCUUAAGCAGCUGUACAUUGUUAAUACAGCAGUUUUGUUCCAUCACUUCUCUUCCCUUCUCCCAAUUCAGCUUGCGGUCAUUAUUAGACAAUAUGUUAAAGUAAAAUACAAUCAGCAGGGAUGGGCAAUCCACCGCCCGCCAUGUUAAAUUUUGAGGCCCACGGAUGAAGCACAAACUUAUUUCUUCAUUCCAUUAGCGAUUAUUUUCAUUUUUGGCAUAAAUGUACAUAUGAAAUAUAUAUAUACAUAAUUUUUUGUGAGGGACAUGCCAUUUUGGUGUACCCUCCCUAUUCAGACUGAUUUUUUAAAAUAUAUUGAAAUAAGUAAUAAAUAUAAAAGAAUUUUACUAUUUAGUAACUACUAAAAUAAAACAGAUUUAAAUAAACACAGCUAUGAUUAAGUGGAGAAUGAUACAAAAUUAUAUUCAGGUCUACGCAAAAUACAUCCAUUAUUUUGAAUUUAUUAAAAAAAUGUCAGGGAAGAUCUUGGCUAUGGUGGGUUCUGCGGAUGUCCUCAAUUUCCGCACCCCCAUCUUCGUCUAUCUAAGUGACAAAAGACAGGAACCUUUUUUUGUUGCAAUAAUGCACUGUAUGUACAUUAUAAUUUAAUAAACUUAAGUCAUUUACUUUGAGAAGUGACCUUUAUUAGACAUGCUAUGGAAAUAGUUAUUAUGUGGAUUAUACUGUAUGUUUAUUUACUAUUACAAUAAGGUAUUGUAUGAUUUUCAUAUGAUAAAGUACUAUUCUGAGUCUAUGUUGUAAUGUUUUUAGGAGAUCCAUUGUAACCAGGUGUGCUAUUAGUUUCAUGAUACUGUUCGUACAAGUUGUAGGUGAUUGCUAUUUAAAUUUAGUUUCAUGGUACCAUUUUAAAAAAAAAAAUUUUUAGGAAGUUUUAAAAACACAUUUUUUUUUUGAAGUUUUAAAAAUUUGCCAUUGAAUUUCCUUUCCUUCCUGUCUCUGUGGUUACUUUUUAUCAGAUAUCUUAAGCCUAUCACAAUUUAGCAGAUGCAUUUUGUUUUUUCCAGGUGUUAAUGGAGGGGCCAGUGGUAGUGAUACAAUGUCAGAGACAGCUUUUGAAGCAGGUGGGGCAACAUCUAGUGGGAAUAUGCCAGGUUCCUCCAUUAACUUGGAGCAGAGCCCCAGGCGGUCAACAUUAGACACCCAGUCUGAGGCUAGCGGUGCCGUUGAACGUAAUCAUGAUGAAGAGUGCUUAUGGGGCGGGGCAUGUAAUCGGUCAGACUGUAGAGCCAAUCGAAGAAGAAAUAUGAAAAACGGCAAGGACCAAAGAAAAGAAGAACAGGGUCACCAUGAUAAGGAAGACCCUGAGGAAUAUCCAGAGAGUCCGACGGGUCAUUCUGGAGAAACUGCACAUGCAGAGAACCAGAGUGGCGACACUUGUAACAGCCCAGAGGAUAAGGGAGGCUCAAGAUUAGACAAGAGCUGCUUAAGUCCUGCUAAAAAAGAAGAUGCCAAGUCCCCACACUCAAGAAGUCCAGUGGUCAAGCAUAGCACUUCUGCAAUGGCGCCAACGUCUUCUGGGUCUAAAGUUAGCAUCAGCAGCCGAGGGUUGGCCUCAAGGUUUCAGCCCACUGGUUCCAGUUCUCUCAACUCUUCACCUUUACCAGUUAAAAAAUCUACCUGUCCACCUUCGCAAACAUACAGUUCAGACUCUAGUUUUGAAGAGUCUCUUACACUGGCUGGCAACUCACCACUGAGCAGAGAAGCUGUGAAAAACUCUUUUGGUCGCAUGGAUGCCCUAGCCCAUCGCAUGCACAUGGACACAUUAGCAAGCUCCUCUGGCAGAACAUCGACUGCUGCAACCGCAGCGCACGAGGUGAACACAACGAUGACCAGUUAUGGGGGUAGAAAGAACGUUGACAUUGCAGAGAGACCAGGCUUAUUUAGUGAUAGUAACAGCGCUUUCCACUUCGCCAGACAAGACUCAGGGUUUUCAGGUGGGUCUUCCACCCCAGGUGAUCAUCACAUUCAGUUUCCACUGGCUUCCCCUUCAGGCAGCAUUAAUCUCAGUUCUCCAGGGAAAGAGAACUUUGGUAGCGCCACCUCUGAUGCCACAGUCUCCCUGUCUAGUACUCGGGAUAGAUUGCAUCACAUGGAGGUAGACCUACCCGACGCCCGUCAUGAAACAACGACAGCCGCUACCGUUCAGUCCACGCACAGUCAGUCCAGGGCAUUUGGUGAGGCACAAGAAACUUGGUCCAGAAAAAGGGCCAGUGAUGUUCCCCAACCUUUAGAGAAAAUACCAUCUCCGAACUCCAGGAGGGGUGAGUGACACAUUGGUAUAAACAUUUGUUUAUGUUUUAUCAAAUUUUUCUUUCAAAACAGACAAAAUGAGAUGUGAAGGAAUGAAUUGUGAUAAAGAGGCUCAUUAAAAUCUUAAACAGUCAAUGGCCUUACUAAUUUUUAACCUCUGUAGUCAAUUUCAUUGUAAGGAUUAACACAAUUCAUUAAGUAAUUAUAAUUAUAGCUAUAUGUGUUGUUGCCACAUUUCAACUUACUUUUAUUCACCAUUCUUUAUCUCUGAAAUCAUUGUCAUUCUUAUCUCUAUUUUUUUUUUUUACAGCUAAGUCUCAUUUAAAACAUUUGUUUUAUUACUUUAAAAAAAAAACAACUAUUAUGUUCUGUCUUAUAUAAUAAUUUAUGAGUUGUUUUUUUUUUUUAGAUUCAGAUUUUGACAGGAGAAUCGGGACACUAACAUUUUUUUUUUUUUUUUUAAUGGUAAGUCUAAUUUAAAACAUUUUUUUUAUUAUUUUAAAAAAAAAACAAUUAUUAUGUUCUGUCUUAUAUAAUAAUUUAUGAGUUGUUUUUUUUUUUUAGAUUCAGAUCUUGACAGGAGAAUCGGGACACUAACCUGUGAUGAACUAGAUGACUUUGUAGAACAGGUGAUUUUGUAAAAUAGUAUUUAUAGCUAGAAAAAGAAUAUCAGAAUGACUUUGAAUAGUUUUCUUAAAAAAACUUUUCUUUUUCUGUCUAACUCCCCCCUCAAACAUAUUUAUUUCUUCGUUGCUCAUUGUGUUGCCAUGAAAAUAUCUUUGACUUAAUGCCACAUAAUUUACUGUUUUCUUAAAAGCUUUAUUUGAAGGAUUAAAAGUUCUGGAUACGAUUCUUUUAGAUGGUUCAUGCUUUAGAUAAAAUUUAAAAAUGAUAUUUUAUUGGUUGCAGGGAGAUGAAAGACUGGGUUCUAAAGAUGUGGGGUUUGUUACGAAUGGUAAGUCAAUGAAAAAAAUUGAGUGAUUGCUUCAUUCUAUCUGAGAUAUUUCAAUACUCUAAUGAAAAGAAGGCAUAGAUUAAAUCUUUUUAUAUUUCUCUGUCAUUUAAAAUGGCUAAUAUGAAGAACAAAAUGGAUUUUUUUUUACAUAAUUCUCAAACUUUUAGGUAAAUCCUUGGUUGCAUGUGUUUUUUGUAACCAUAAAAUGAUGUUAACAUAAUAUGUGCUGAUGGUACAGAAUUAAUUAAAUAUUUAAAAACUUUGUCUUUCUAGCUGACCUUUUACAAGCCGUGAAUUUAAGCAAAGCUGAAGUAGUGAAACGAGCUGUGAGACAGUCCGGCUCCACUGAUCGCAGGCUUGACUUUGAACAGCCAGACAAUACUGGUCUAACCUUGCUGAUGAGGGCUGUUCAGAAAGGUACUGAGAGCUUGUGCCCAAAAAACAUUCAAAAUAUUGUUUUUGUUUUUAUUUGUUACGUCUUUUUCUGAGAAAGGUGUAAUUUUAAGCUUUUCAGGGGCAGAAUAGCUACAUGUAAAGAUAUGAAAAUAAAUGUGAAAUUAAAAUUGCCUCUGUUCAGAUUAUUCCUCAGUAUAUGUGACAAUUUUUUGGGGAUUUCCAUAGGCACAGUUGCUAUAGUGGAGAUGUUGCUCGAAUAUGGGGUUAAUGUUAAUGCUCAGCAGACAAAUGGCACAACAGCAUUGAUGAUGGCAGCAGAGCAGGUAAAAUAAUGUGUCCUAAUUUCUUAUGAUGUUUUUCAUUUGUAAUAAUGAUUCAAAUUAUUAUUUGUUUCCUUUUAAAAAAAAUUGACUGGUAAGCUUGUAAAGAAUAUUCAUUACAUUUUAAAUUAUUCCCUUUUUUUAAUUAGGUAUAUCAUUAUAUACAUUUUUUAAAAAAUUUUGUGUGUGCAGAAUGGUGUUUGUCUUCUUGCUUUACUGCUGAAACAUGGCGCAAACAGCAGUCUCUUCACCGUACAUUCAGAUCAAGCUGAGACAGCAUUAAUGAAGGUAAUUUCAACAAUAUUAUUGCAUGCAUGCCUAGUAUAUUUUUUAAUUUGCAUUUAGCCUUUAAAUAGAAUCAUUCUAUGUGUUCUGCUAAAAGGGACCUUAAUAAUGGAUUCUAGUGAAGUCUUGGAGUGUCUCUAUUGUACAUUACAGGCCAUCAAGCGUCAACAUCGGGAAGUGGUGAAUCUAAUGUUGCGUGUUGGUGUAAACAUUGCAGCACCUACAUGUACCAGCAUAUCAGCGCUGGAGCUGGCAAUAGAACGGAGGAAUCCACAAAUUGAGGGUAUUGUUAGAUCUCAUUACCAAAGGUAAGAUUGAGAUUACUGUUUUUAAGUAUAUUUUCAAGCAUCUGGUGUGAACAGCUCUUUAAUUAUUUUUAUGCUUCUUUCUGGUAAAAAUAAUCACUCUUGUGAAUAUCUUCCACUUAUUUUGUAAUUGAAUGGCAUCUGCAAGUAUUUUUUGAUAUUAUAAACCUAACAAAUCAUAGUGUCCUGCUACAAUCACUUUUUUUAUAACAUUACUUUAUUGAUUUUGACACAAUUUGUGUGUUCAGGUUAGAGCAAGCCUUCCGUGGUAGAGUGUUGGCCACAUUGGAAGAAACGGCAGAGCUGAUGGAUCCUUUAUUCCCCCUGCAAUGUUUUCCUUUAAGGGAAUCACAGGAAUUUGUUGUUAAGUUUAACAGCAAUAUCCAUCCGGUGGCUCAAGGUAAUGCUGGCUGUUUUUUUUUCAAAUAGAUUGAAAUGAGCAAUCCCUGAAUUAAAUUGAUUGAUUGGUAUGUCGAAGGCAUCAUGGCUAGACAUUGUGAAAAUGGGUGUGAAAUAUUCUGAUGUGUUCCAAAACCUUAAAUGCGCCUAGCUAAAAGAAAAAAGCUUACUUUCACCUUUCUCAAUUCCUUUAAUUUUCUCAUAAUAAGUUAAUCACCUUACUUUGUUUACUUUUUUUUUAUUACCAAUAGCAGAUUUUUAUAAAUAAUUCCAUAUACAAAUGACAUUAAAAUAGUUUUUUUUAAAUUAACAACAACAAAAAAUGAUGUUAAAUUUACUGUAUAUUUAUUUCAGUGUGCUGUAUAAGCACAAUAAAAGAUAUAGAUGAGUCAUGCAUUGAAAAAAAAAAUAGUUUAAAUUUAACUGAUCAAAAUUUAAUUCAUGUUUAAAAAAUCAAGCACUUUUAAAUAAAACUUAAAACCUUGAUGUACUCAUUGGAAUAAAAAGUGUAUCUUUGGAGUAUUAAAAGCGUAUUGAAACACUUUGCAUGUUUCAUAAUUUAAAUGAUCACUGUGACCUGUUCCAUGAUUUACAAUUUUUAAACUUGUUCUUUGUCAUUUAAAAUCAUUCACCUUGCACUCAGUGCCAUUUAGAGUGUCAUGAAAUUUUUACUGUUUUUUAAAAUCCUCUUGAAAAGAAUAGAACUGACUUAACAUGUUUAAUCUGAAUAUUUCAAAUUCACUGUCUGUAAUUAUUGUCUGUAAUUUUAUUGUCACUUACAGGAGAGGGAUUUCUUCUGUUUAUUGCCCAUACAAAAAUCAAUGACAAAGGCGUGCGAUGUCGAUUCCAUGGGGGCUGUCCUAUUAGGUCUGUGACAUUAAAUGGAGUGGUACAGUCUCCCUUAACAAAGGUAAGAUUUCACACAGUGAUACUUUUCACUCAUUAAAAAAACAUAAAAUUUUAUGUUUCUUUGUUGUGUACGUGAGCUUUAAAGUUAAAUUUUUGUAACCACUCAUUUUAUAUCAAUCUAUGUUAAGGGAAUUGAAUGUCUUUCUCAUUUUAAUGGCAUAUAAAUUAUUUUUUUUUUGUUGUGAGUUCCAUGUUUUUGUUUUUUUUAAUUAAAAAAAAAAAUAUCUAUAGAUCUAAAUUUUUAAAAAAACAUCUUAAAAAUUACAUGAUUGAACAAUUUUGAAUAUGUUCACACAAAAAAAUUUUCCGUUAAGGGCAACCACAAUUAUUUAAAUUGUUUUUAAAAAAAACAUAUAAUUACACUUUUUACCUGUAGUGCAAGUUUGAUUUCUUACUUGAAUUAUUUAGGAGGUGAACUUUGUGACCUCUUGCCAUCCCAUAAUCCCGGGCUGCAACACAUUGGCCAUCCACAAACUUGAGGACUACACUUCUAAAGUAAGUCAAUUUAUGAAGUAUGGUAGAGUUAGGAACUAA